AUGGCGAAGGCCGCCUUCAUCUUGCUGCCGCUCCUGGCAGUGGCAGACCAGGGUAUUCCUGAGGCCCUGGACCAGGAUGACGUCUGCUCGGACCCCUCCUGUGCUUUGGGUCUCCUGCACGUGCGUGGCAAUGCUACCAGCGAGGGCCCUGGACUUCUCCAUUUGGGCGUAGCUUGUGAUUGGAUUUCAAGGAGGCUGCAGACUAUCAGCCAGGACGAGAAACAGGAUGGACGAGGGCACCAAACGGUCGUUGGGCAGUUUGCCGUUGAUGACGUUUGCCGACGUGUUCUGUUUGGUCCACUUCACCGAUCAAGCCCUGUGGAGUUGGAGCCUGAGCUCCAAGUGAUGAAAGAAAGACCUGCCUCGAUCAAUCCGCCAGCCAGACUAGCCAGGGGGCACCUGCGGAUGGUUCAGCUGCAGCUCGAGCAGAGGCGCAACUACGCACCAGAGCUGCAAGUGUGCGUGGAAGGGCGCUGCAUGUGCAAUGAUGGCUACGUGGCCUUCAACGGCAAGUGCUACAAAACCACAACCACCACAACGACGCCCGAGACCACGACCGGCACCUGGCCAGACGUCGUCACUUCCAAACCUGCAUGGGUGCCGCCGCCACCACCGCCCCGCCCCCACAACGUGCCGGCGCCCGCGCCCCCGCCACUCGUAGGGAGAGAAGCGGUUCUGACAGGGCUCAAGGCAAGUCUUCGCAAGUAG